GGGCGCCCUCUUUACACAAAAAUUAUAACUAUUUUUAUUUAGAGGUUAUGUUAGUUGUUUAAAAGUUUCAAUUUUCGUUAAAAUGGAUUUCGAAGCGAUUCACAAGCAAUUUACCGAACCAGUUUAUUCGAUUGAUUUACAAGAAAAUAGCCCUGUUUUAGCUGUUCAUUAUUCCACUUAUGAAUGGUCUCAAGAUAUUAUUUUGUUAGCUUUUCCCAAGAAAAUAAUCGUUGGUCAAAUCCUCUUUGAGGAUAAAUUAGAACUAAGUAUUCUGGCUGAAAUCCAACAUCCUCUUCGAUGCACAAAUUUAUAUCUUUCUUCUGAAACUGUGUUGAAUAUAAUUCCGAUAAACGUUCAAUUUUGUACGGCGGCUAAUGAUUUUAAAAUACGCAUUUUUAAGACUAACUUAUCAGAUGAAAAUUCUUGUAUGGAAUUAACUGGACAUGAAAGUUAUAUUAACGAUCUAAAUUAUGAUCCAACAAACAGUUAUAUUGCGUCUGUUAGCGAUGAUCACACAGUUAAAGUUUGGUCGACGGAGGAUAAUAAGUUAACAGCCUUUUUUAACUUAACAUCCCCAGGAGUAUCCUGUUGCUGGCACAGAGAAGAUCCUUUAAAAUUAUUGGUUGCUGAAAAAAUCGGUGUAAUUCGGUUUUACAACGUUUCAGCGAUUAAACCAAUUUUAUCGUGUAGUUACACAAAAUCAUUAUCAGCGGCUCAUUGGUCCCCAAAUGAUUCUCAGUUACUUGCAUCAUUACAUAUGGGAGAACUUUUAUUGUGGGAUGCAACACGUUUGAGUCGCCCAAUUCAAACUAAAUUGAUUUAUACAGAAUCUGGUGGUGAUUUAAAAUUUAAUAUGUCCGGGGAAUUUUUAGCGAUUGUGAAUAAACUGGAAAACUCUAUCAAAGUAUUUCACGUUCAAACACAACAGGAACGGUUAAACGCAACUCUUUCAUCACCAACAAACAUUACAUGGCACUUUAGAUAUCCCUUAAUAUGUGUGGGAGAUGAUCGUAAAUUGAAUUUUUGGAAAAUUCCUGGAAAAUAAUUGUCAAUUUAAAAAAACAUAACCUCAAAAGAUGGAAA